CAUUUGCUGUUGACUGGCGACAAUCGACGAACAGCCUGGAACACGCACUGUUUUAGUGUAGUGCCGAAGCAUCAACAUCGCGAUCGUCAUCUCUUACGUUUUGUCUCGUUACUCUCUCUGCUCGUUCGUUAGUGAAGGCGAACGUGCACUCGCCUAUUUAAUUCUUGUAUUUAUUGUGUAUUCUACAGUCAAGAGUAGCGGCGGAGCAUUCUGUGUGGCGCGCGCCCUUAUGUUCCUCGUGAAUCCAUGUCCUUGGCUCUGAUUCUCUCGGCGGUGAUUGCACUGCUCUCGCGUAUGGAGGAGCUAUGGUACUAUAACUACUGAUACGAGCGACUGAACGACGUCCAAGCAAAACACAGUCUCUUCGAAUCUGGUCCGAAGGCCACGCCAAGCAGGCUCGUUAGGCUAUGUAUUCUACUAGUGCAAUGUCGCGUUCAGUACGUCUAGCUGAGCCAAAGAGAGCUAGUUGCGAAAUACGAAGUUCUACGCAAGCUGCUUUGCCGAAUAUGCGCAAGGGCACGUAGCACAACCAACCACCAACUGAACCGUCUGAAAACUAUGGGACAAACUCUUUCGGAACCAGUCACUGUCAAGGAAACGUCAUGCUGUGGAAACGAACUGCUCAAGGUGGGGGCGUCUUGUCUACAGGGAUGGCGCAUCAACAUGGAGGAUGCUCACACACAUUUACUUAGUCUGCCCGAUGAUCAUGACGCUGCCUUCUUUGCAGUGUAUGACGGUCAUGGUGGCGCUAAGGUGGCGAAGUACGCAAGCUGUCAUGUGCACAGGAAAAUUGUUUCCCAGCAAGCGUAUCAGGAAGGCAAUUAUGUAAGGGCUAUUCAACAGGCCUUUCUCGAGGUUGAUCAGGACAUGUUAAACGAUGAUGUCAUGAAGGAAGAGCUAGCCGGAUCGACGGGAGUAGUUGUGUUAAUCAAAAGAGAUGACCCUAAAUCUAUGGGAACAAUGUACUGUGGAAAUGUGGGCGACUCGCGAGCGGUUUGCUGCAUAGCGGGACGAACUAUGCCUUUAUCGUUUGAUCAUAAACCAUCGAACAAAGAAGAGGCUCGGCGGAUAAACGCAGCCGGUGGAUGGGUCGACUUCAAUCGCGUCAAUGGUAACCUCGCGCUGUCCAGAGCAUUUGGGGAUUUUGUUUUUAAGAAAAACGAGAAAAAACCCGCUCACGAGCAAAUUGUGACAGCCUUUCCAGAUGUAACAGUUGAACCGUUAACGCCGGAUCACGAAUUUGUUGUACUCGCUUGCGAUGGAAUCUGGGACGUCAUGUCAAAUGAAGAGGUCAUUGAAUUUAUUCGGGUUCGACUAGCUGAACGAAUGGAGCCAGAAAUCAUUUGCGAAGAACUAAUGACCCGCUGCUUAGCACCAGAUGCUUCGAUGGGAGGCCUUGGAUGCGAUAAUAUGACUGUGGUGCUCGUGUGUUUCCUCAACGGGCGAAGCUUUGACCAUUUGUCCGCUAAGUGUUCUAGACCAAUACAAGAGCAAGUUGAUUAUCCACGUACGAUCGGCUUGCCAACACAUAAAACCUCCCCACAGGGCACUACACCCGCCGGAAUUGUCCAGCAGAACGCAACAGUUCCUGGCUCUGCUGCUGGUGCUGGGGUGCCUGUCCCGCAUGUUGUUCCCCCGGUAGCGCUCGGUAACAACGAUUCCGUGCCUAAUAGCCCAAUCUCGGAGGAGAUUGUCGAGUAUCCUGGCUACGCUGAGAGUGCCCACUAUGCCGAAAGUGUGUACACGUUUGAAUCCGAACAGGUCGUACUUGUUCCACCACUGGCAGUGCCCUCAACAUCGGCCCAGACGCAAACCGGUGACAGUCGAGCAUCAAGUCGUCCAGACGAACUUAAGUCACCUGCGGAACGACCACUGACAGACAUGAAUGAAGCGCCGAGUGAGACCGAACGAUCUGCUGCUUAGAAAAGGGCUAAAUUUUCGAAGAACGGAACCUUCUUCGUAUCCUCAUAAUAAUCGUUGAAUAACUAUGUUACACUGAUACAUUUCGCAAAAGCGAGCAUUGUUAGCAAGCAGUACGAAUCUCUUUCAGAAUGGAAUGGCCGUAAUGAUGGAAGAGUUUAUAAAUAUGGAAUUGAGUGAACCGGACAGGCGCGGUCGUUUCAACAAAUAGUGCUAGUCAUAUAUAGAACUUCGGCGCAAAAUUCGGUGCAGAAGGAAGUUAUUCGGAGUCGCGCUACGUGAAAAGAGGUCAAAUCAGUGAUGAAAGCAUCCAACGGUGCCACGUGAUUGCUACAUAUAUUAUUAUUAUUAUCAUCAUCAUCAUCAGUUCAGAAGCUCAGUAAAAAAGUGCGCUUUCUAGACAUUAACAAAAACCAGUAGUAUAAAAAACGGCAGAGUCAACGGGUCAUAAAUUAGAGGCGCUUGUGACUAAAGCAAUGCAUUAUUUAUAACGAGAAUAAAAUCAUGGCGUAAGAUAAACGGCGGGCGGGGGGGGACAAAGCAGUUUUGUUAAGUUCGCUUCCUUCUGCUGGUAUAAAGUAUGUUAAAGAGGUCGGCUUCGACAAAUGUGAAGUCGCUAGUGAAGAAUGGCCUGGUGCUUCGGAGAUGAAUGCAACGGUAAAUUGAUAUUAGACACCAAUAUCUCGAUUAUGCACAUGGGUGGGAUCAUUUCGUCUGCGAAGUUCGUUACUCGUUGAGAACUGACAAACCCUAACAACGUGAACGGAAAUCGCAAUGAGGUCAGUCAACAAACCAGAAGACUGAAGCGAAGAAGAACUGAAAAGAGCAAGGAGAGAGUCCCAAAGUGAAUACGCUGUUUUUACGUAAACUAGUCAAAAAAGGACAAAUGGAACUAUAAACUAGCAGAACAAAUAAGUCAUUCCAUAUACACAAAUAAUGUAGGUACUUUAUGCAACAAUUAAUAUUAUUAUUAGUGAUACUUAUAUAUAAUCACUACUCCAAGCAAUGCCGGAAGAUACUAAUGGUUACUGUAGCCGAAGCGAGUACUGGACGACAUGUUAAGCGAGCAUAGAAGCUGAAAAACGGGGUAAACGUGGUUACUAUUACUACAAACAAAGAAGGUGACCAGUUUCGCUUUUUGUGGGAAAAUAAAUGGUUUUCGUCAUGUCUGCUUUAUGUAUUAUAAAUAAUGAUACGAGAAAACAAAGCGAUGAACUUAACGCAAAUAAAAAGAGGUUUUAUCGAAAAAAAAUGCGUGACUUAUGGUAACUUGUGGUAACUAGAUAUAUUAUAAGUGAACAUGUUUAAUUCUGAGAACAAGAAGUGCAGACAUUCUGUAUAUAUCGAUUGUUUUAUGAUUCUUUCAGGUGGCAUCCUCAAAAACGACCGCUUGCAUUCCAAAUUGCAUAUUAUGGAAUUAGUAGGUAUUGUGCAAAGGAAAGCUUCAACGCUGCCGUUACGAAAAAGUUGCGUGCGUCCCCAGUUACGAAUGCUACACUAACUAAAUUGUAGAAUAGCGCUUCAUCCGUUUCAAGAUCUCUUAAUAUUACGAAUCCAUCAAGUUCCACCAAUCCUUAUCAUAGCGAUUGCUAACAAUAAUUUGUUGUGAGCCGUAUGAACCGCUGACUGCUGUUAUCUGCUUAAGUUACAAGUAGUACGAAUCUAUCAGUAACAGCGUGCAAAACAUUCUUGAUCUUUACCUAUUCAUCCUACCCUAACCUAUAUAAUCCUAGUGAAAAUCUUUUUUAUGGAGCUGUUUUGCAUUCUUUCAUGCCUCAGUUUCAUUACCCUGGUGUAGAUUGAUUAAUGUGACGGCUAUUGGAUAUGUCUAGAAAUCUAACUUGGUUUUGUCAAGAUCUUUAAAGAUAGCUUUACGGGAAAGUUUUUAGAAUUUCUUGAAGGCGGCUUUCUAAGUUUUUGCCUUGUUUUUUUUUUUUGUAAAUUUGCUAGCUUUGCAUUUUUGUAAAUAAAUAAUAUUACGACUUUCAGCGCUUUCUGUUCCUAUUUUGCUCGAAGUCAUAUUUGAUACCCAGUUUCAUACUGAAUUUACCUACUCUAGUAAUGUAUACGAUUUAAUGCAUAGAGUCAAUGAAAUGCCUAUAAGGAGCGUUAACAAGUAAUAUUUGUUUUUUCGUUGAUUACCAGCGCUGGUUACAUCGGGAAGAAAACAACCAUCUCUACUAAAAGUAAUCUUCGUGGCUUUCCAGAGUCUUCACCUGUCAUUUGGGAAACAAUUUAAGUACUCGACCAAAGGCGGACGCGUCCAUAGAGGUGAUCAAUACAACCAUGUACUUUUAAACUCUUGCUUUUCUUUUAAAUCGUUUGCCCUUCAGAUCGUCCUGCACGGUCUGAACAAGUGAUUAUUUGAUGCACAGGGUCUAAAUUAAGAACAGUGUAGCAAAAAUUUACUAUCCUGGGUCAGUCGGUGCGAGAUACUAUUGUUUAACUGAAAAAGAGUUUUUGUAGGGUCUACUAUACAAAACACGCAACAACAUAAUUUAACGUUGUAUUUGUUUGUUCGGGGCUUUUGUACUGCGCGCCGAAGUAAGUCGCUUCUUGCAUUCACUGUUAAUAAGGUCAAUAUUAAGACCAAGUUUGUCUCGGUUGGCCCGAUCUUUAUGCAGUGAUCAUACAGAUAGCCGUUAUUAACGAAAAUAUUAACAGGGCAGCAGUUACGCGCUCCGUGUUCGUAUAUAGAUGUACACAUUAGACAGAUUGUGUAAGGCACUCAUAGAAACAAAAGUAUCACAGCCAGCAAGAGCGAGAGAGAAAGAACACUUCGUGUCAUAUAAGUUUUGUUAAAUUCAUAAAACUGGCCCAAGAGAUGACGACCAAAAUCGCGUCAAGAAAAUUUCGCAAAAGAUAUAUAUAUAUAUAUAUAUAUAAAUUGAAUUACAUAAUGAUUGUCCACGAAUGUAUUCAUUUAGCUAUGAUUUGUAAGUGUACUCAAGAGUGAUUUUUUCUGGCUCGAACAAGAUACGCCUAUUAUGCAAAAAAUAAGGGGAAUAACAUCUUUUCAGUUACCUACUCCCGCUAGCCUACAAGAGUUCUUGAGCUGACCAGCACGAGAAGAAGGUGAUUGUCUACAAGUAUCUUAAGGUUCUUAAGAGUGUUUAAUCACUAGAUGCUCAAAAAUGAAAGCUGCCUCUCGUUUUAGCAACUUCUGGUUCUAAUUGAAGCUCACCUAUGGAAUGACAAUGGAAGAGAUCCCACUGCGAUAAUGAUCAAGACAUUGAAGGCUUUUGUCGCCAGGCUAGCUCACACAUGGGUUUACUUGAGAAGCCAUUGCUAAGCCUAUACCAGGUGCUCUGUGGGUAAUGCGAGAAAGAUGGGCGUUUGGGCGCGAUGAUAAUGUGAUAAACUAACCUAUACAUCUCUCAACGGUCCCGACAAUUUCAACGUCAGGCUUCGUUGUGGUCAUCUUCAUGGGUGCAAAGAUCGCGGAUCUUAUUGCUUGGAAUACCGCAGAUAUAAUCUCCCAAGAUAAUGGUUUCUUAGACAUCCGAAAUCGAUAGAAACGUUGUUUCUCACAAGCAAUUAAUUUCUGCUGGGGUAACGCGUUCAAAUGGGAAGGAGAACAGCAGGCCUGAAAUAGGCCAGGAUAGUUUCAAUGAAGUGUGUUCACUUACGUCGAUAUACAUUACGAGUACAUUGACAGAGAACCACCCCUGACAUAGCAUGAUACCAACUUAUAAUUGCUCUAUCCAUAGUUCUAUCCAGUAUGUACGCUACACUAUAUUUUACGCUGUACAUAAAUUAUAUAAGGAAUUAAAUGGCAUAUAUGUGUGUACAUGUGCUCGA